AUGGAACAAAAAACAAAAUUAUAUAUUAUAGUUAAAAUCGCUGCCUUUCUCCUUUUAACUUGGAUAUUCCAUUUUGACAAUGAUCGGAGUACAUUUAUUAAAUCACUGAAUAAAAACUGUUACGAUGAUAGAAAAUUAGCUAUUGGGAAUCAUCGAUUACUGACAAAAUAUAAACAGGAUAAAGAUUUGCGUAAUACAUGGUUAAAAGAAAAAUUUCCGUAUAAUGAAAUAAAUAUACAAAAAGAUAUAUCUAGGAAUGAAAAAGGGGUAAAUGAAAAAAAUAAACAAUCAAAUAGGAACUUAAUAAAUAAGGAUCAAUAUUAUACAGAAAUUAUAGAUUAUAAUAAUGGAAUGUUUGAUGGAAAACACUUCCAUUUUGAAAAAAAAUGGAUAAAAAAAAAGGACUAUGAUGAUUUUGUUGAAAAAAAUAGUAGAAUUUGUGAUAUAGCUUUAAAGAAAGUAAAAUUUAAAAGUUACGGAUUUGGAUUUUUUUUAUUUUUACUUCUUUUUUCGUUGGGAAUUGGAAUACCCGUAUUAACUAAAUUAAAGUUUUUGGAAAGUAUAUGGAAAAUGAUGGAAGAAUCUGAAUUAUUGAAGGAAGCAUGUAAGAGUAUAAAAACUUUUAUGGAGAAUGAACAACCCUAUCUUUAUCUAGUUUUAUUUAUCUUACUUAUGUUUAUGGUGUCCAUUAUGUUUUUAGUAGCGAUUUAUAAGAUCUUAAGGAAUAAUGAAAAAUAUAAUAAAAUUAAGUUGAUGACUUAA